UCCACGGAGCCGUUCUGUCCCCUUGUCGAGAUUCAGUCGGAAGUGAGACGGCCUCCUCACUGGAAAGGCAGAGCCCUGGUGUGGCCUCCUGCCUCGCUCACAGCCUGUGCCCUGGGGAGCCCAGCCUGCAGACAGCAGCAGUGGUGUCCAUGGGCUCUGCGGACCAUCAGUUCAACCUCGUGGAGAUCCUGUCCCAGAACUACGGCCUCCAGGAGCCGUGCGAGCCGGCCGCGGGAGACCCAGAGAAGCCUGAGGGGGAGCUGGAGAAGGACUUCAUCGCCCAGAGCAGUGACAUGCCCCUGGAUGAGCUGCUCGCCCUCUACGGCUACGAGGCCUCGGACCCCGUCUCGGAGCGGGAGAGCGAGGGCAGCGACACCGCCGCCAACCUCCCAGACAUGACUCUGGACAAGGAACAGAUAGCGAGGGACCUGCUUUCCGGGGAAGAAGAGGCAGAGACACAGUCAUCGGCUGACGACCUGACCCCGUCCGUGACCUCCCACGGGGCCUCCGACCUUUUUCCCGGCCAGAGCGGAUCCGGCUUCCUGGCCAAUGCAGACGAAGAGCGUGGCUCCCCCACGUCGUCCGACACGGAGGAGGACCCCCUUCCUGCCAACAAAUGUAAGAAGGAGAUCAUGGUUGGGCCUCAGUUCCAAGCCGAUCUCAGCAGCCUGCAGUUGGACCGCCAUGGUGAGAAGUUCUAUGAGAAUGAUGACCAGCUUCUCUGGGACCCCAACGUCCUUCCUGAGAGGGAGGUGGAGGAGUUCCUGUACCGGGCGGUGAAACGGAGGUGGCACGAGAUGGCGGGGUCGCAGCUCCCAGAGGGAGAAGCUGUGAAGGACAGUGAGCAGGCGCUCUAUGAGCUGGUGAAAUGCAAUUUCAACGCAGAGGAGGCCCUGCGGAGAUUGCGGUUCAACGUGAAGGUGAUCCGAGAUGGGUUCUGUGCUUGGAGCGAGGAGGAGUGCAGGAACUUCGAGCAUGGCUUCCGAGUGCACGGGAAGAACUUCCACCUGAUCCAGGCCAACAAGGUGCGCACACGGUCUGUGGGGGAGUGUGUGGAGUACUACUACCUGUGGAAGAAGUCGGAGCGCUACGACUACUUCUCCCAGCAGACGCGGCUGGGCCGGAGGAAAUACGGCCCGUCGGGAGCCACGGACGCAGAGCAGGACCUGGACAGCAGUGACCCUGAUGGCACUGGCCGCCCCCGCUCCUCACCACCCCUGGCCCCUGCAGCUGACGGCCUGGGCUCCGAGCAGGACCCCUUGGCACGGAUGCACACAGAGCUGCUCAGUGUGGCCAGCGAGGCCAGCAGUGUCGGUGAGCCUGGGGAGAGUUCCGACAGCCUCCUGCCCUCGGAUCCGGGGCCUUGUCCGUUCCAGCAGCUGGAUGCGCCCCCAGCCGUGCCCCUGCCCAGGCGGCCCCCUGGCCUGGUGGAGCCAGCCUUCUACCCCCCGGCCACAGCGCCUCCGGAGCCCGGCAGCAGCCCGAGACUGGCUGUGGACUUGGCCCUGCCUGGGGCCCUCCCUGAGGAGCUGCCCCUCAUCGCCAGCCGCGUGGAUGUGAACGGAGAGGCCGAGGAGGUCGUCGCUCCCGCCCAGGUGGCCUUGUCUGUCACCGAGUUUGGACUCAUCGGCAUUGGGGAUGUGAAUCCCUUCCUGGCCGCCCACCCAGCGUGCCCAGGCCCCGGGCUGCACUCGGAGCCCCUGUCACACUGUAACGUGAUGACCUGUUGAUCCCUGGCCGCAGGCGGGCGUGCGUGGCCCGGACUGGACGUGGGGCCGCCGCGGGGCCUGCCUCCGCCAGUCUUCCCGACCCUUCCCCUCCUCGUGGGCCUCGGGUAGCUCCUCCUCUGCUCCAGAACGCAGCAAGGACAUGGCGCGCGGCGGCCGGGCCUGCCCUGCCCUCACACACAGCCUGGUGCCCUCGGUGCCCGGCCCCACUGUCCGUGCUGUCCAGGCUGCUGCCCCCGGCGCAGUACCCGGUGGGCGGCCAGAGGUGGAGGGCCCGGCCCCAUGUAGCCAGCAGAGGUGAGGACGGUGUCCCUGCUCCCUCAGGGAGGUGGGGAGAUGGGGCAGGGUGCUGCCCCCACCAGCAGCCUCCGCCCGGGCGCCCUCAGCACUCCGCUUGACUCCAUCUCCCUGCCCCUGGCGGGGUCAUGGGCUGCCCCAGCCCGGGGGUCGUGGGCAGCUGCUACUCCGUGCCAAACCCCGUGGGGCACAGAGCCAUAUACCUCGACGUCGGCCACGCCCGCCCUCGACCUCCACCCUGCUCUCCACUUCAGGAAACGCCGCACUUUACGCCCCGCCCUCU